GCGAACUGCAUGUGCACGAGCCGUGGAUUUCCUCCAUAAUGUUGGGCGCAGUGAAAAUGGAAGGACACGAAACUCCAGACUGGAGCAGCUACUAUAACGAUGCGCAAGAGGUCUAUUCUCCCAUGACGAACAGCAGCAUGAACGCCGGGCUGAGCUCCAUGAAUAACAUGAACAGUUACAUGGGCAUGUCCACCAGUGGGAAUAUGACUUCCAGUUCUUUCAACAUGUCCUACGCGAACCCGGCGCUGGGCGCGGGACUGAGCCCGGGCGCCAUGGCCGGGAUGCCCCCGGGUGCCACCGGCGCCAUGAACGGGAUGAGCGGCGGCGUGUCGACCAUGGGCACCGCGCUCAGCCCGUCUAACCUGAACGCCAUGACGGCUCAGCACGGCUCCAUGAACGCCCUGAACCCGUACUCCAGCAUGAGCCCCACCAUGAGCUCCAUGACCUACGCGCAGCCCAACCUGAACCGGGCCAGGGACAACAAGACGUUCAGGAGAAGUUACCCGCACGCCAAGCCGCCCUACUCCUACAUCUCCCUCAUCACGAUGGCCAUCCAGCAGGCCCCCAGCAAAAUGCUUACCUUAAGCGAGAUUUACCAGUGGAUAAUGGACCUGUUCCCGUACUACCGCCAGAACCAGCAGAGGUGGCAGAACUCCAUCAGGCACUCGUUGUCUUUCAACGACUGCUUCGUCAAGGUGUCCCGGUCGCCCGACAAGCCCGGGAAGGGCUCCUACUGGACUCUGCACCCCGACUCUGGGAAUAUGUUCGAGAACGGCUGCUACCUGCGCAGGCAGAAGCGCUUUAAGUGCGAUAAAAAGCUGACGGACGGAAAGAGGUCGGACGGGAAGCGGGAGCAGUCGAGCGGCUCGGGCUCGCCGGCCAGCGACAGCGCCGGCAGCAAACCCGGCCACAUGGACUCGAGCUCCAUAACCUCCUCGAACCAGUCGUCCAGUCCUCCCAGUUUGGACCACAGGAGCGCAAGCACCGCCGGCUCUGAACUGAAGAGCACCGGGCAGGUGCACCCCGCGUCCACGUCCCUGUCCUCUCUGCACUCAAUGGCCCACGAACCCCAGCUGCACCUCAAAGGAGACCCCCAUUACUCCUUCAACCACCCGUUUUCCAUCAAUAAUUUAAUGUCCUCUUCAGAGCAACAGCAUAAACUGGAAUUGAAAGCGUACGAACAAGCGUUGCAAUAUUCCUCCUACGGCUCAGGGAUGUCUUCCAGCCUGCCCAUGGCCGGGAGAGCCAGCAUGGACCCUUCGGCUUUAGAGGCCUCUUACUACCAAGGUGUGUAUUCCAGGCCUGUUCUUAAUACGUCUUAGUCAGCUGGCGGCGGGAAAAAAAAACAAACAAAAAACAAAACAAAAAGAAAAAAGCAAAAAAAAAACGUAUUUUAUUUUUUGCAUGCACUUGGUGCAAAAGAACUGUUACUUUAAAAUAUAACAAAAUGUGUAUGUGUAUAAUAAAAUAUUGUAAAGUGUUCCCAAUGAUUGUAUAUCCCAGUUAUAAAUCAUUGCUAGUGUAUUUAAAUCAUCUUGAGCUUGUAAAAUACUUGUUGUGAUCCCCAAACCUGUAGUUCCCCUUUGUGUUACAACGUGCACGAAUGAAGGUCAACUUCGGUCUUGUUGCUGGUAUAAAAGCGAUGCCCCUGUCUGUUGCAGAUGUAUUUGAAUGUUGUCAUUUUACUCAUUAUUUUUGGGGGUUUGCUUACCUCGUUUUGACAAAAAAACACUUCCCGAUCUUGUAUUGAAAUAAAUUAAUCCAAGGUGGAAAUGCAUUGUGAAUAAAAUAUGUAUUUCUUAAUCAAAGCGAAACGUUUGUGACAUUUUUAUACAAAGAGGUGAAAUUGCGAAGGGGAAUUAAAUGCACGCAUUUGGUAUUAAUAAUAAUAAAAAAACCGAAAUAUUAAUUAAAUAAGAACAUCCGAUUUUUUUUUACAUUUAUGAUAAUUAUUCUAUUCUAAAAAUAAUUA